UAUAUUUUUGAAAAUAAUAUCUACUAUCAACCUGAUAUAAAGAGCAGUUCAUUGCGGCUAACGUCUUCUGGGAAAGAAGGAAUUAUUUUUAAUGGGAUUGCUGACUGGUUGUAUGAAGAGGAACUUCUGCAUUCUCAUAUUGCCCACUGGUGGUCACCAGAUGGAGAAAGGCUUGCCUUCCUGAUGAUAAAUGACUCCUUGGUGCCUAACAUGGUUAUCCCUCGAUUUACUGGAGCAUUAUAUCCCAAAGCAAAGCAGUAUCCAUAUCCUAAGGCAGGUCAAGUGAACCCAACAAUAAAAUUGUAUGUUGUAAACCUAUACGGACCAACUCAUACUUUGGAACUCAUGCCACCUGACAGCUUUAAAUCCAGAGAAUACUAUAUCACCAUGGUGAAAUGGGUGAGCAACACUAAGACAGUGGUAAGGUGGCUCAAUCGACCUCAAAACAUCUCCAUCCUCACAGUCUGUGAGACAACCACUGGAGCUUGUAGUAGAAAAUAUGAGAUGACAUCUGACACCUGGAUCUCUAAACAGAAUGAGGAGCCCGUGUUUUCUAGAGAUGGCACAAAGUUCUUUAUGACCGUUCCUGUGAAGCAAGGGGGCCGUGGGGAAUUCCAUCACAUAGCUAUGUUCCUUGUCCAGAGCAAAAAUGAGCAAAUCACAGUACGGCAUCUAACAUCAGGAAACUGGGAAGUGAUAAAGAUCUUGUCAUAUGAUGAAACCACUCAAAAAAUUUACUUUCUGAGCACCGAGUUUUCUCCCAGAGGCAGGCAGUUGUACAGUGCUUCCACUGAAGGAUUGUUGAAUCGCCAGUGCAUUUCAUGUAAUUUUAUGAAAGAACAAUGUACAUAUUUUGAUGCCAGUUUUAGUCCCAUGAAUCAGCAUUUUUUAUUAUUCUGUGAAGGUCCAGGUGUCCCAGUGGUCAGUCUACAUAUCACGGACCACCCUGCAGAGUAUUUUAUAUUGGAAAGCAAUUCAAUGCUGGAAGAGGCUAUCCAGAAGAAGAAGACAGUAAAGUCAGAAAUUAAAAUUCUCCAUAUUGACGACUAUGAACUUCCUUUACAGUUGUCCUUUCCCAAAGAUUUUAUGGACCGAAACCAGUAUGCUCUCCUAUUAAUAAUGGAUGAAGAACCAGGAGGCCAGUUAGUUACAGAUAAGUUCCAUAUUGACUGGGAUUCCGUCCUUGUGGACACAGAUAAUGUCAUUGUUGCAAGAUUUGAUGGCAGAGGAAGUGGAUUCCAGGGCCUGAAAAUUUUACAGGAGAUUCAUCGAAGGUUAGGUUCAGUAGAAGUAAAGGACCAAAUAGCAGCUGUAAAAUAUUUACUGAAACAGCCGUACAUUGACUCCAAAAGAUUAAGCAUUUUUGGAAAGGGAUAUGGUGGCUAUAUUGCAUCAAUGAUCUUAAAAUCAGAUGAAAAACUUUUUAAAUGUGGAUCAGUGCUUGCACCCAUCACAGACAUGAAGUUGUAUGCCUCUGCUUUCUCUGAAAGAUACCUUGGUAUGCCAUCUAAGGAAGAAAGCACUUAUCAGGCAUCCAGUGUGCUACAUAAUAUCCAUGGUUUAAAAGAAGAAAAUAUACUGAUAAUUCAUGGGACUGCUGAUACAAAAGUUCAUUUCCAGCACUCAGCAGAAUUAAUCAAGCAUCUAAUAAAAGCUGGGGUGAAUUAUACUAUGCAGGUCUACCCAGAUGAAGGUUAUAAUGUAUCUGAGAAAAGCAAGUAUCAUCUCUACAGCACAAUCCUUAGAUUCUUCAGUGAUUGUUUAAAGGAAGAAAUAUCUGUGAUACCACAGGAACCAGAAGAAGACGAAUAAUGAACCUUAUUUAUACAGAACUGAAGGGGAUAUUGAGGCUCAAUGAAACCUAAUCAAGAGACUGUCAUAUUGUAGAUGCUCCAGAGUUUCAAGGAUGACUUGAGGAGAUGACAUUGGAACAGAACACUCAGAUAAUGAACUAGAAUUUGAAGACAGAAGUCCAAGUCUAUUGUGUUGCUAAGGGUGCAGAAUCUGUUUAUCUGUAAAAGGAAGAUCAAAGUGUUGGUUUCCUAGAAGAAAUUAGUUUUACAUUAAAGUAGGAAUAGUGCAUGUUUUCUUCUGUUAUCCCCGUUUGUUCUGUAACUAGUUGCUCUCAUUUUAAUUUCAAUGUACACCAUUAUCUUUGCAUAUAAUGCACAACUUAUCAUCAGUACUACAGUCCCUGAUCUUUGACGGCUGAGCUGCAAUCUAACACUUUACUGUACACAAUAAGUGCAAUUCUCUCUUUGUCUAUUAUUAUGCUUAAGGAAAUAUUCAGUUAAUAAAAAACAGAGUAUUUUAUGUAAUUUCUGUUUUUAAAAAGGCAUUAUUAAAUGAGUCAAAGAACAUGUAGAAAUAUGGAUUUCAACACCUUCCAAAGUUCAGCCAGUUAUGAGUAGAUAAACUAUCUUUAAAUCAACACAUUUUUGUAUGUCUCACAAUAUGUAUAUGCACGUGUGUAUAUACAGUCAGUGAAUCUAUCCUUACAUGUUAUUCAUGCUUACAAAAGGUAAACUUUGAUGAACAAGAAAAGAUGCUCUUUUAUAGGCUAUAAUGUAUACUUUGUUUAAUGAGCCAAAUAUGAAACAUUUUUUUCCAAUUCAAAUUCUAGCUAUUUCUUUCCUAUAAAUGCUUGGGUUGUGUUUGGUAUUGUUUUUAGUAGUUAAUAGUUUUCUAGUUACAAUUUAAUUUUUUGAAUAUGAUAUCUUGUCACAUGUAAAUUAGAUACUUAAAUAUUAAAUUAUAGUUUCUGAUAAAGAAAUUUUGUUAACAAUGUAAUGCCACCGAGUGCUAUUUUGCUCUUUCAGUGGGCAAAAUUUUUAAAAAUAUUUAGUCCUUUUACUUCUAUGUCUCAGUACAAAACCAAUGCUCAUUUUCACUUGAAAAGCAAUGAUCUGGAUUAUUUCAUUUUCUACAUUCUAUUCAGUACUUCAUGACUGCCCAGUUCAUCAGUUGCUGUUUAAGUCCUUCUGGUGAGAAUUAGAAAUGAAUUUUUUUUAUUCAUUGGUCAAAACAUUCACAAACAGUCGCGUUUGCUAUUUGAUUUAAAUUGAAGCCACAAAAAUGCAACAAUUCCUGUAGUAUGUUGACUGGCAGUAGUAAGUAAUUGAGAAUGGAUAUACCUGACUGUGUGGAGUCAGUUUAAGUCAUGAGAUCAUGAGAAUGUUAGCUGUGGUGACUGCAGAGUAACUUUCCCUCUUCGUGUAAGGGCUCUUGUGGAAGAUGUGUAAAAGUCAAACUUUGAUGUUCAGAAGAAUCCAGGUAGUAUACUCUGUCUUUUAUAGUUUUAAAAUAUUCUGAAGAAAGACUGGAUUGUCAUGUUCUCAGAACAUAGGGGGAAAAUUAAAACUGUUAAGAAAUUGCUCAGUCACUCUCCUAUGCUGUCAAAGGAUCAAUCCAGAAUUCUGGGUAUUUGUAAACAUGGGAAUCACUGAUUGGGUCUUCCACUUUUCUUCUGGAUGCUUUGGAAUUUUGACUUCACUGCUCCAUUAAAUUCAAUUUAAAAUGAGAAAGGCUCUUUGGAAAGACCCAUUUUAGGUCUUUUUCAAGAAUAGCAAACACAUUUUUUAACAAAAUAAGUUGUAAAGUUUAAAAGGAAAGUUUUGCCUAUUUUAUUAAGAAGGAAAUUUCUUUUUAGGGUGAUUUGAAGUCCAACUGAAGCUUUUUAAUCAAUAUUUUAGAUUUCAACCACUAGAAUUUUUUAUGAUGCAAAUAAUUAAGUUGUCCAAAUGAUGUGGUUUUAUUGAAUGUCUAUUUGAGUAACAUUUAAAAAGUGUUUACCUUUUACUGU